AUGGUGGCAGACAAAACGUACGACAACGUAGUUAAGGGAGGCCUUAAGAUCAAGGGCAAGGCUAUCGCUAAAAACAAGAAAUUGAUAGAUGUCGAGAAGUCAAAAUCAAAGGACAUAAUAGUUGUUGAACAACCUAAAGUAGAACUACAAAUUGAGCCUGCCAAUGGCAUUCAGGCCAAAAUACAACAAGUUCUGGCAAAUGAUGCGUUAACACCCUCUGAGAAAACCUUCCACAUUGCACAAAUCAAAAGAAACACGAAGAAAGUAGAACACCUGCUCAAGGAGACCCACCGUGAACGGGUUGAAAAGUUCAACCAAAAGCUUUCAAAACUCUCCGAACGAACACCUCUAUCGAAAUAUGAAAUCGACGACAUCGAAACGGAUCUGACGAACAAGCGUGCCAAGGACUUCGAGAAGACUAAGGGGCUGCAAUAUCGACAGAAUCGCGAAAGGAUCAAACGAAACCAAAUUACUACGCAUUACACUGUCGACACCAAUGAAGGGUUCGUGCCGGCCAACUUCAAAUCGUCUAAGACGAUCCGAGCAUCGUACGCACAACAGAAUGUGAGAACUUUCACGGAUGUCGAAGAUGCGGAUAUAAUCACCAAGAACACCCUUAAAGCGAUCAAAAUUGAUCGAGUGGGUCUGAAGAGAAAUAUCGCAAAUAUCCUCAACGCCAUAGGUUUCAUGGGCAAGAAGCGCUUCAUAGGGCCUAUCAAUAUACAUGUUGUGCAAACAAAGAUAUCAACAAGUCUAGAAGGUGUAGGAUUCAAUUUCGACGUUGAAACUGCUGUGGAGAAAGUCCAGUUCGUAAGGUCAAAGGACAGUUCUUGCGAACCUGGAGCCUACAAGGAGAAAUGCAGCAAUGCAUUCGCUAAUAAAAGCGAAGAAAGCACGGAAAGCGGCGAUUCAGAGAAAGCCACCGCAGUAAAACCCAUUGGAAAUUCCUCUGGAACUGUGAAAAUGGCCGGAAUAGCAAAGCACGCUGACGACCGCCAGUUUGAUUUGUCGGAGGUACAAUUCUACUAUAAACACCUAUAUGGCUCCAUCGUAAAGUUAAUCGAGGUAAAGGAGGAUUUUAUGGAGAAGGUCGCGGAAGGGCUUGAUUUCACGAACAAAAGUAUGGUUAAUGAAAAAAAGGCUGUAGAGACCGGUAGAAAGGUGGAAUUAUACACGUUCGACGAUGAACUGCUCCGAAGAUUUAAGGUCAAGACAAGCAUCUCAAAGGAUGAAAAUUAUUUGAACUCGGCAAAUAAUAACGUAGGCGAGGAAUCUGGUAUCGCCGCAAAGUUGCCAAUGGAGCUUUUCCAAAGAAUUUUCGGAAAGUAG